AUGAAAGAGGCAAUCAAAAAUCCAAAGUGUCCAGAUCCAACGAUGAGCCUGUGGGGAACCAACGACAGAGACGACGGCCUUUGGUGUUGUGCCUCUGAGGAUGUGGGUGUUUACAAGAAUACCGGGCAAGUAAAUGGGCUGGUGUUUCUAUGUACGGGAACUGAGGAGACUGCUCUGGCCACGACUCUUUCCUCGGCCACGCUUUUGUCGCAGUGCUCGAUGACUAGCACGCCUACCAGCAUCUCUGCCAGCGCCUCUACUACCGCAUCCACCAACACGAACGCCUCUGGCGACGAAGAUCCACCGGCGGGCGUUCCUGCAGGAGCUAUAGCUGGCGGUGUUGUUGGCGGUGUCGCCGGAAUUGCACUUGUGGUUGCCGGGAUAUACUUCUUGAAGAAAAAGAAAAAAGGGGACCCGGAAGAGCAGCCUUCAACAGAAGUUCCUGUCCAAGAAGGACAACAGUGGUCUCAACAGCGUUGGCCUAACUCUCAAAGGAGGCGACCCAGUGAGCUGGAAACAGUAGAACCGCGACUUGAGAUGACCGGGGUAAGACCGACCUACGAGCUUGAUGCAACAGAGGAGCAACAAGGAGAGAAGAACGUUUCUCCAUUAAGUCCACCGAGAUGA